AUGCCCUCGCUGGUGGCCAUCCGGCUGCUCGUGAUGGUGCUCGGGCUGUGCUCGCUGCGCGUGGCCGGCCAAGGGCGCUCCACCCCGGCUACAUGCUCACCUCUGUGCCGCUGCGAAGAGGACGGAGGGGCGGACUGCUCGGGACUUCCAAGAGUCAUUGGCUGCAUGGAUGGAACCCACAUCCCAAUUAAAACACCUGCAGAAAAUGAAGGGGACUGUGUAAACAGAAAAUCCUUCCCCAGCAUUAAUCUGCAGAUCAUCUAUGAUGCUACAAACACAAUUACAAAUCUUGAAGCCAAAUGGCCUGGCUCUGUGGAUGAUGCACAGAUUUUUUGUGAGUCUGCACUAUACAAUAAAUUUGAAAAAGGACAAUACAAUGGUCUCCUCCUUGCAGACAGAGGGUAUCCCUGCAUGCCAUAUAUGAUGACACCAUACCCUGACCCUGAGCCUGGACUGCAGUCACGCUACAACCUGGCCCUAUCCAAAACAAGAGCAAGGGUUGAAACAACAGUCGGGAUUCUCAAGGACAGGUUCCAGUGCAUGCGGGGGCUCAGGGUCACUCCAGACAGGGCAUGUGACAUUACAGUGGCAUGUGUGGUACUGCACAACAUUGCCACCAUUACAGGAGAGCAACAUCCUGCCAUACCCCAAGCAGAUAUUAACCUGACCACAGAAAUGACAGAAUUGUCCGAGAUGCAAUAUGCAAUCACUAUUUCUCCUAAUAAUUGUUUUCUCAUGAUUAUAUAAAUUAUUUAUUUAUAUAAUUAAAUUAUAUAAAUAAGACUACAAUUUAUGUUUC